AUGGUCUUCAUCUUGGGGGUCAAUUUCCCUGAACACCGUUUUGUAUGGAGAUCACUCGAGACAUUCUUCGGCAUCGGCCCUGCCACCCGCGCCCGCAUCAUGUCGCGCUUCCACCUACAUAACACCAUCAAAGUCGGCGAGCUCUCGCAGAACCAAGUCCUCGACCUAACUGCUCACCUUGACUCCAUGAAGAUCGAAAAUCACUUGAGACGGCAAGUGCAGCAAGAUAUUACAAGACUGAGGGACACUGGGACAUACAGGGGACGUAGACACGCGAUGAAUCUGCCAGUACGGGGGCAGAAUACGAGGAGUCAGAUCAAAACGGCAAGGAAGCUUAACAAGGCAGAGCGGUAUUAG